AUGGACUAUGUGCCCCACAGUUGGUGCAACAAGUCUGCGCCAGAAUGGGUUUGCUGGCAAACGAAGCUCAAUGCAAAGCUUCCGGCCUCAAACCCGGGUUGGUGGUAUUCGACGCUGGCGCCGGGAUAUUGCCCGCGGCAGACGGGGACGAACUGCACCUGGAACGUGUCUUCCGUCCAGAAGAUUGUGAACAAGACGUGCCACAAGGAGUCCUUCUUCACUUCAGUGGAACGUGUGACGCCGUCGUGUUUCAAGGCCUGCGGGCUUCGGAACGUGACCUCGCCCUGUUGGACGCGCUGUUUCUUCCGGGCCGUGCUCGGAGAGGAGGCGGGCCAUGCCGGGGGGGCCAUUGGCGGCAUACCUGCGCCGGAGCUCGUGAGGAUGUGGAGAGCCCCUUUCGACUCCGAAGACGCUUCCCUGGGAGGCUGUCCAGCCCUGCCUGGCGGCUUUUCGCCUCCGCCUCCGUCCCAGGCCCUCGUGGUCUGA